AUGCUUGAGCUCCUGGACGCUGUUGCAGAUCGAGCCAAUUUCACCUGGCGUAACUCCUUUGCAGUCACAGAGGUCCCCAAGAGCUACAACAUGACAUGGACUGAGCUGCUGCUCUGGAGCAUUGAAAACUAUGACAUAUCGAUUCAUGCAUGGGAUCAUACUGCAGAAAGGAUGGCACAAGGAGUCACAUACACAGAGCCAUGGCAUGAUUCCAGCUUAGUUUUGGUUGACCGGAGGAGAUCCAUCAAGGAUGCUGGUAUUGAUCCACUGAAUUGGACAAAGCCAUUUGAACCAGCAGUUUGGGGUAUGAUUCUUUUAACUAUUCUAUUGUCUGCACUUGCCUAUCAGCAAAUCGAAUAUCUCAGUGGAGAAAGAGGAGAACGAUCACUCUGCCAAUGGUUCUCUGACAACCUCUACCUCAGUGCCAUCAACUUCUCCCAGAACUUCGAGUAUGCCCCUAAUACUUUUGCAGGCAGGAUAUUUGGAGUCAGCAUGACACUUUGGGCUUUGGUCAUCACAGCUACUUACACUGCAAAUCUGGCAUCACUGUUUGUCGAAUCGAAGGUAGAGCCCAUUUUGGUGGAUUCUAUGGAACAAGCAGUGGUCUAUGGAUACCCUGUCUGCACAAAAGACAACACCAAUGCAGACUUCUUCAUCCGACAGACCUUUCCAAAAGUCCACCGUGUCCCUAGGAUGGACUACAAGGCAUGCAUCCAAUCAGUGAGCAAUGGUGAAUGUGCAUUGGGUCUGAUUCCCCUUGACUCAUGGCUAACUUACAAGGUAAAUGAUGACUAUAAUCCAAACUGUGAUUUGGAUUGGGUCGGUGAUAUGGUGAAAGAAAUCAAGGCAGGAUUUGCUGUCACUGCUGAUGCAGGCCACAAAUGCAGCAGUUUGGUGCGCAAUGUUGUCAAUGUACAUCUCAAGGCUUUGGUAGACGAUGGACUCUUGGAAGAGCUUUGGCAAAAGUACAGAGAUUUGGCUGAUGAUGGCACUUGUGCCUAUAAUGAUGAUGACAAUGGACAAGCUAAUUCAAACCGGCGGCUUCAGUCCCAAAGGACCCUCCAGGCAAUGGCCCAAAGUGGUCGCAGUGUGCCGUCUACGCAUAGAAUGAUGAGGGGUGGGGGAAAGCCGUCAGGAGGAGGAACAGAUGGUGUUGACUCUGAUACAUUGACUCUUGAGCAGAUGGCUGGGACUUUCUUUCUGCACUGGGUAGCCAUGGUGGUGGCCAUUGUGGUGAGUUACAUCCGAUCAUACUUUCCAAAGCUACAUUGCUGUGACCAGAAAGGGCAUGUAGCGGAGAAGGUUACCAACAGGACAAAUGGACCCAUAAUUGGAUCUCCGCCACCAGUCAAUACUUACGUAGUUCGCAACAUCAAGGAGCAAGCAUUGGAUAUCAGUCAUGAAUCAGGAACUCACAACAGGCUGGAAAGCGAAUCCUGCUAUGAUGUUGCACAUGCAGAAAUCGUUGCUGAAAUGAAUGCAAUGCGAAGAGCUCUAGAUGUGCAAACAAAAGUGAUGCAGCAGUUUUUGGAGGCACCUCACAAGGAGCAGUUUGUCUGA